ACAGAGUGGAGGAUAAUCCAACGAAGUAUUAGUUUGAGUAUUCUCGUUCUCUUCGUUAGGGAGGAAGGCAGAAGAGCUGCUUGUUCAAGAGGGAAGGCUGCCAGGACACUUGGUAGUAUUUAGACGAAAGUCGCGGAGAGCAUAUGAUUGUUUGCUUUUGAGGUGAAAAACGAAUCUGAAUUCCUCUGUCAACCUCUAAUUCAGUGAAUUUGCUCACUAGUUUUUGAGAAUGCAUUCAUGAUGACACAUGUGGGCAUACACAUAGUAAUAAAGUAGUGAUGGCUGGUAUUGUGGAAUCAGCGCCGUCUUUUACGCCGUUUGGCCGUUCUGCAUUGGCUCACGACGAGAAAAUUCUUGUUGAGAAAGAGCGAUGGAAGCUGGUCGCGUCCUAUGCAGAGGAUGGCUCGACCCUGUCUGGGUUAGAGGACGAGCUGUAUUAUAGUGGCAAGUUGGUUGUGUGGUCACGUGGUCAUGGAAACCAUGGCCGCCAUCUCAUGAGGUCAUUCACUGUUGAGCAGGAAGUGCUGGAUGUGUUUUGGUGCAAAUUCUCUGGAGGAGUGAAGCCAUGCGAGACUCGUUCAGAUGAGUUGAGAGAUUCACCUGCAGAGAUAUCGACGGAAACACCAUGUUUAUGCGUGGUGCAAGCUGCUUGUGUGUCAGUUUACACUAUGAAUGGUGCAGUGUUCAGUGUACCUGUUGCUAUACAGAUCACCAAGGCUUGGUCAGUUCCCGGAGCACUGCUACUGUACAGCGAGAAGUCAAAGAAAGAGAGUGAUGAUGCGGGGAGAGUUGAUGCUCAAGAACUCUAUUCUCUGGUGCAUCCCCUUGAUGAAAUCAAGCCGCUGGCCCUACUGCAAGAAGGAGAACCUCCAGAGAAGAGUCGUUCCAUCUUGGCACAUCUUGAACAUAUGACACCCAUCCAUGCGUUCGCUGAAGUUCCUAUUAUUCUGUUCAAGGAGAAGAGAACCGGUGGAAAGUUUCACCUGUAUCGCAUGGAGCUGCUACCUCCAAGAAAGGUUGUUCCAGCUAGUGAUCUGGUUGACACUGGUGACUUUACUGCAACUGUUGGUGUUGGUGGCCAUCAUGUAGCCCUGCCCGCGACUCGACAAGACGAAGCAACGCCAAUGUUCCUGAUGUCUAAGCCCUUUGGCAAUCGUCCACUUCCGACAACAGCUACAAUAACAUCUCCAAUGCCACCACCAACAUCUACUGUAUUGUCACCUGCAAUGAGGAGUGAAGUUGCCGGUCACGAUUUCAACACUAUGUCACCAGUCGGCAGAGCAUCGGUGGCAAACAAACGUCGCAACAUGGCACAGCUGCGACGUCGUCUACAGACAUCGCUGCAAACUAGCAAUAUGACAGCGUCUCGCAGUCGGGACCUUGGUGAUGCUGCAAGCCCCAUGCCGCUGUUGCGUGGGCCGUCCAGAAUACUAGGCAAUCGCCGCUCGGCCAAGCCAUCUGCCUCUCGUAUGUAUGCAUCUGCUGCCGCAUCUGCUGUGUCCUCGCCACUGCCUCGCUCUAGUCGUGGUGCGUGGACUGCUAAUUCGUCACUGAUUAACUCAGCUCGAUUGCAACUAAGUGCUGUGAGUAAUGUCACACCAACAAGAACACCUGGUUAUCCCUUCCCCAGUCCCAACUACUGUCCAUCAACUCUGCAACACUGCACCACCGCCGGUGGUGCUGUCAGGAGUGUCUUCUCACCGUCCCUACUGGCACCGUCGUCAGUCUUGACGGCUGCUGGCAACACUGCUAUACACACCGAUGCCAGUCUGGAUAUGGAUGUGUCUGUAACGUUGGCAUGGAUUGAUUCAAAGUGUCGCAUAGCCAACCUGCCCAUCCAAGACGCGUUUGUCUUACGUGACGUCAAUGGUCGGUUCUUCAUUUGUUUCUACCAGUCGGGUCCUCGUCAGUUGAUGUGCAUACCUGUCACAGAGGGCGGUGCGGUGCAGGGCCAGCCUCAAGUCUUUCACGACGUUACCGGUGCAGCGGCAGUUAAUGCUCUUGGAGCUCUGUGCCUUGCCACCAGCAGCUCUCUUGACUUGAUCAACAUGCAUGGCCAGCGCCACUGCUUGCAGUCAUUACAGCCCGGUCCCUACUAUGCUCCAUCAUUGAGCAACGUAGUCGGCUCAUGGCUGUCUUUGUCUUUUCAAGGUGGGAAGACGUGCAAGAGAAUGACGCUCGGCGAGCCCGUUACCAAUGAGCUGUUGGAGAUGUGUAUAAAGACACUGCAAGAUUGCCUGUCAUCACCUGCCUUCAGUCACUUUGCUCUCGUCCUGUUUGGAAGCCUCUCUGUCCUGCCAUUACGAGAUGGAAAUAGCAGCUGGUCCUGUUUGAAGCAGGCACUCUGCUCGGCUCUGCAAUUGGAGGACAGAACAGUGACACACGGUGCUGAGACGGCCAUGGAAACUGCCCAGGAUGAAGAGGAUCUGAUCAGGACGGUCUGCUCUGCCUCUCCUAGCUUAGCAAAACCUAUCCCUACACUCUGCCGCUUGUCCAUCGCGGACAGCGUGUUUUCCACCGUCUCACUGCUGUUCAGUCAGCUCCAUCUUGUCCAUGAAGAGGUGAAGUUGAAUGUGGAGAUGUCAGCAAACACCACACGCCCUCUCGUUGCAUUGCUGGCCAGUUUGGCAUAUGCUCUGCAGCUACCUGACUAUGUGCGUUAUUACAUACUGGAGCAUCCUGAACUGCACACGCAGCUUCUGCCGUAUAUCCAUCCUCAUCCGGUGUCCUAUCGGAAUAUUCCUCAAUACCCACUCAACAUCACCCACUAUCUGACGGCUCUGGCCGAAUGUGCCAGUCCAGCCCCUGCCUGGCGUAACAACAGCAUCUGUAAACGCUCCGAUAUGCUCACUCAUCUGUAUACAGUGCGAAGAGACUUUCUGCAGCAAGCAGCAGCAGCAGCAGCACAAUCGGCUGAGACACCGACAACGUUGAUUGGUGGAUUCACACCUGUCAAACCAACACAGCUACCAGCAUCACAGUCAUUACUUGAUAGGCUAGCUGCUGAUAUGGACGAUAGUGACCUGACUGAGGACAUCUUGGAAUCACUACCGGUUGGCUUCAGAACGCCGGUUGAGCAGAUGUUGGAGUGGUGUCGUCAUGGCAAUUUACCCAGCCUGCCGCUCUCGGUGUGUAAGCUGCUAGGUCGUAGUGAUCAGGUGUUGCAGGCGCAGCUUACUGCUGACUCUGACAUUGUUAAACCGGAUAUCGCCGUGCAGACCUUCUCACAACAAGAAGAAAGCAAUGAUGGCUUGGACUUCUCAGAUCCGAAACUGCCUCUUCUGUUCUCGGAUGAUCUACGAAUGAAUGAAGUUUCCGCCUUGUUGCAGUCUACUCGUCCGGUUCUAAUCACGGUGGAGCAGAAACAGGAGGCAUCUGAUCAUGACCAUCAACAAAACCAAGUACGCCAGCUCAUGGCUAUCUGUCAGAGAACGUUUGCAUUGCCCAUCGGUCGUGGUGCUGCUACGCUGCGUUCCGUGCGAACACUUCCGACGGAAUCCCUGCCCGUUCCGAUCCUGUGCAAUACGGGCAAGACGCCCGCCCCGAGAUCGGUGUGUAUCAAGCUCAGAGAGGAGGAUAUACACGAGAUGAGAUGGCCGAUGUUUCACAACGGCGUGGCCAGUGGUUUAGCCAUGGGCAAGUACCGUGUGGACACAAAAUGGAUUCUUCACAACAAGCCGCAAGAAGAGGAGCAACAACACGAACAUGGUGGCUUUCUCUUUGCCCUCGGUCUAAAUGGGCAUCUUGAAGCCCUGCGACCGUAUGAAGUCUGGGAGUAUUUGGCACAAUUGAAUAUUGCCACCACAGUAGGUCUUCUGCUGGGUAUAUCGUGCAUGCGCUGUGGAUCACGUCAGCAGCAGACUCUGCGCUUGCUUGCUGCUCACAUUGCAUCGCUACGCCCUCCCAACUCACUGGUGGUCAAGGUCCAUCCGUUGAUUCAGAUUGCCGCAGUCCACGGCGUGGGAAUCCUGUCCAUGGAGACGGCCGACCAGCACUUGGCUAACGUCUUUCUGCAACAGAUUGGCCACUUGCCAGAGCAGACUGAGCUGAAGGAUCUAUGCAAGUUUGAUCGGCAUGCAUAUUCAUUAGCAUGUGGAAUCUCACUGGGCAUGAUCAUGCUUGGGCAUGGUGAAGGCAAGUCAUCCAGCAACCUGCACAUCACAAGUCGUCUCUUCUCACUGCUCGAGGGCAAGUCUCCAGAUUUGAGGCACAGCCAGCAGUCCGGCACAGCGUUUCCAGUGACUACAUCCGGCCAAGAGUCAACAGCCGAUUCAACAGCAGUGUGUGCUGAAAACCUCAUCUUGAAUGGUCUGGGAGUGGAUUCUCAUUGUACAAGUUCUGCUGCAGCACUGGCUUUAACACUGAUGUACUUGAAGACUGGCAGCAGCGAAGUGGCCUCUUGGUUGCAGCCCCCAUCCACCGUAAGAGAACUAACAGGAGUUCGUCCCGAUGUCCUGGUGUUGCGUGUUGCUGGCCAGCAUCUUGUUCUAUGGGACUCGAUUGAGACCAGCGAGAAGUGGAUAUCCGACAAUACGCCUGCUCCUGUCCAACAAUCUUCGGUAGCUUUGCGUGUGAAGGAGGGUCUUAUUCCUCAGUAUGAAGGUAGCUUGCAGCAAGCUGCAUGCUGUGUACAAGCUGGAUUGUGUCUUGCUAUUGGUCUGCGAUACGCUGGAACUCAAGACCAGGCUGCUUUCGAUAGGAUUUUGCGCUACUGCAAAGUCAUGUUGAAGCUGAGUGACCCGAAUGUGUGUCCAGAGGAGCACAAGCGUGUCUUUAUCAUGAGCCUCUUGGUCAUGCUGUUGUCACUUUCCAUGGUGAUGGCAGGUACUGGAAAUGUCACCAUUCUCAAGUUAUGUCGUUUGCUGCAUGCCCGCACCAGUGACGAUGCAUUCUCCUACGGUAGUCAUCUUGCGGUUCACAUGGCACUGGGAUUUGUUUUCCUUGGUGGUGCCAGGUAUAGCUUCAGCCGAUCGAACCGUGCUAUUGCUGCGUUGCUGUGUGCUGUGUGUCCGCAAUACCCCACACUUCCUAGUGACAACAGGUGCCAUCUACAGGCAUUGCGUCACCUGUAUGUGCUAGCAGCUGAGCCACGACUGCUUGCUCCUGUUGAUGUGGACAGUGAGGUGCCGUGUAGAAUACCACUUGUUGUCACCAUGAAGGACGGACAUCAGAUUCAUCAGACUGCCCCUAUGAUACUGCCUAGUCUGACUGAUAUUAAGACUGUAUGUACUGACAGCUCGGCUCAUUGGCCUAUCACACUGGACUUUGUAACCAGCUACAAGCACUGCAGGAAGAUAGUGGAGGAGCACAGAGGUGUUCUAUUUGUCAAGAAGAGACCUGUCAACGAAGCGGUACCCCGUGCGUUGUCACAUUCUCAUGGCUUUGUUGGCUUGGCAACAUCAUGGCGGAAGCUGGCUAAUGGUAUGGUCAAGAAACCGGAUGGCCUGCUGCAGGAUCGGCAGAGCAUGUCUGGUGAUCAAAUCGCUGGCUUCCUUCAUGAGCGAAACUUUCUUCCCGUACUGUACUCCAUGCUAGAGAAUGUUGUUGAGUGCCUACAGACUGGUCAUGAGAUUGACCCCUUUCUCAUGACACAAGUGUUGCUAGUGUUCACAGCACAUUCUACAGAUACACAAGGAAUGCUUAUGGAUGCUAGUUUCUUGUCGGCUAUGAAAGCAAACGUGGAGCAUCACAUCAGGCGACAAGAAAAGUCCAAUGCCGACUCGCUGGCACUGUACAUCAGACAGCAGUUGGACAAGAUUGACCCAGCGUCUUGGACUGGACUUUGCGGUUUGCUGCAAUAUCAUCGUCUUACUCUCUCGAAGUGCCAGUACCUUCAAGCUCUAUUGCCGUUGCUUCAGGGUGCAAGCGUCAAUCGUCUUAACUUGUCACUGGUGUCCGGUUCUCUCCCAACGCAACCCUCCGGGAUCUAACUUCCAACUAGCAGACCUUUGCAGGUGCUCAUAUUCCUGUGUACGCUUCACAAUAUGUCGUUCUCAUCCUGAUGCAGCAGGCAAGUGUGACAGCUUCCUAAGUCAUAUUGAUGGCUAUUGUCAUUUAUUCUAUAGUACUAACAGUCAUGCUGCCAUAUCAGUAGCUAGAAUUAUAUUCCUCUCUCUCUCUCUCUCUCUCUCUCUCUCUCUCUCUCUCUCUCUCUCUCUCUCUCUCUCUCUCUCUCUCUCUCUUUCUCUCUCUCUCUCUCUCUCUCUCUCUCUCUCUCUCUCUCUCUCUCUCUCUCUCUCUCUCUCUCUCUCUCUCUCUCUCUCUCUCUCUCUCUCUCAGUUAUUGUGUACAGUGUGCUGGCACGUGUGCAUAGAGACAUCUGCAUUCAUCUUCACUAUUUGGUUUCUGCGUCCAAGCCGUUUGUUCUGUGUGUGUGUGCUCAAGAAAUGGUUACCUUGCAUCAUUUGUUGCAUUUUUAAAUUUCUUUCUAUUUGGACUUUGUAGGCAUUGGCUCAUGCAUAUCGUUUACCACACACAGCUGCCAGGAUCCUUCAUUGUCUUCGUGUUUUGAGCCACUGCUCCGUAGCCUUGGUUUCAUGUCCUUUUACCGUUCAAUUUUAGGUUUUCACCAGGGAGCAGUAAUAUACCAGUGUUUCACUACUCCCUGAUUUUCACCAUCCGGGGCCAGAUUGUAUGUGCUGGUCAUCUCUA